AUGACAGUGUUGGAUGAGUCGAUGGGAUGCAUGCUGGGGCAGCACGACAAUUCUGGAAAAAGAGAACGGGUUGUCUAUUACUUGAGCAAAAAGUUCACGGCCCGUGAGAUGAACUACUCUCUGCUGGAAAAGACAUGUUGUGCCUUGGUAUGGGCAUCCCAUCGUCUAAGGCAUUAUAUGUUGAGCCAUACCACUUGGUUGGUAUCCAAGAUGGACCCAGUCAAGUACAUUUUUGAGAAGCCCGCUCUUAUGGGGCGAAUUGCUCAGUGGCAAGUUUUGCUAUCUGAGUUUGAUAUCAUCUAUGUCGCCCAAAAGGCGAUAAAGGGAAGUGCCUUGGCAGACUAUUUGGCUCAUCAGCCUCUCAAUGAUUACCAGCCCAUGCAUCCGGAGUUUCCAGAUGAAGACAUUAUGGCCUUGUUCAAAGAGAAGUUAGAGGAUAAGGACAUGGAUAAGUGGAUUGUGUGGUUCGACGGCGCGUCCAACACCCUAGGCCUUGGGGUUAGGGCGGCUUUGAUCUCUCCUGAAAAUCAAUGCAUUCCCUUCACGGCCAAAUUAGGUUUCGAUUGCAUGAACAACAUGGCCGAAUACGAGGCAUUUGCCCUCGGGAUCCAUGUGACAAUUGACUUCAACAUCAAGUUGCUCAAAGUGUACGGAGACUCAGCCUUGGUGAUUCACCAGCUAAGGGGAGAAUGGGAGACUAGGGAUCAUAAGCUGAUACCCUAUCAGAACUACAUCAAGAAGUUGGCUGAGUUCUUUGAAGAUGUCUCUUUCCACCACGUUCCCAGAGAGGAGAAUCAAAUGGCCGAUGCGUCGCCACUCUAG